GCAAUAUAUAGUGUGACCGUGUAUAGUCAGAUCUGCAUCCAGGCGAUUGGCCAUGAAUUCUGCUAUUAGAAGUCUGCUUCUCCUAGGCUUGGGGAAAUAUCUCCUGGCUGUUUCUGGAACAGAGAGCGGUUUGCCGACUCCUAGCAGUCGAAUCGUUGGGGGCAGUAAUGCGGAGGUUGGUGCCUGGCCUUGGCAGGCUGCCCUAAUUUGGAAAAAUACAUUCAUCUGUGGAGGGUCUCUAAUCUCAUAUCGCUGGGUAGUAACUGCCGCCCAUUGCUUUGAAAGGUCCAAUAAUGUGUCACUGUACCAAGUGUGGUUAGGAGCAUACAACCUGUCCAAUUUAGCGGAUGGUGAGAUUAAAUCAAAUGUGAUACAGAUCAUCCUCCAGCCUAAUUACAACAGCACCUCACAUGUUGGAGACAUUGCUCUUCUGGAACUGAGCUCAUCUGUAACGUUAUCCCAGUCCAUAAGCCCGGUCAACCUUCCAAAUGAUAGUACCACAUUCCCUUCGGGGAUGAACUGCACAGUGACAGGAUGGGGCAAUCUGAACUCUUCACAGACCCUACCAUAUCCUUAUACACUUCAGCAAGUUGUGCUUCCACUUGUGGAUCAGCAGAGCUGCAAUCAGAUGUAUCAAAACAACUCAAAUAUCAGUUUGAUUCAGAAUGACAUGAUUUGUGCUGGGUUUAAGGCUGGGGGAAAGGACUCAUGUCAGGGGGAUUCAGGCGGUCCUCUUGUUUGCCCUCUAAAUGGAACUUGGUACCUGGUGGGCAUUGUCUCCUGGGGCGUGGGAUGUGCUUUGGCCAAUUUUCCAGGAGUCUACAUCCAAGUGUCGUUUUACAGGGACUGGAUUCUGGGAUAUACAUCUCCAAGCAGUGACCUACAGAGGAUUUGGGAUUGUGGAGAAGUCCAGAUCAGCAGCCGUAUUGUGGGUGGGACUUCAUCGGAGCCUGGUGAAUGGCCCUGGCAGGCGAGCUUGCGACUGAAUGGAAAACACAUCUGUGGUGGAUCCCUCAUCAGUAACAAAUGGGUGGUCACUGCCGCUCACUGUGUCAAGAAUUAUGCAGAAAGCGACCUCUCACUUUAUCUUGGGUCUUACAAUCUGACUCAGAAAAAUCCCUACGAGAUUUCUAUUGCAGUGAAAAGAAAAAUUGUAUAUCCUGCGUACUCUGCAAUAAAUAAUACUGGUGACAUAAGUCUCCUGGAGCUUGUGACAGAAGUGAACUAUACGAGUUAUAUUCUACCAGUAUGUCUCCCAAACCCAGGCGUUCAGUUCCCGACAGACAUGCUUUGCUGGGUCACUGGCUGGGGAUACAUUAGUUCUGGAGUAAGCCUGCCAGCACCGGGUACAUUGCAGGAGGUGGCAGUGCCUCUGAUUGAUGCAAAAACAUGUGACACUUUGUAUCAUGUUCAGUCCUCAGUCAGUCAAAGUGUGGCGAUUGUCACUGAUGGGAUGAUAUGUGCCGGCUAUGUGAAUGGUGGAAAAGACUCCUGCCAGGGUGACUCAGGGGGCCCGCUGGUUUGUGCCACGGGAGGGCGUUGGUUCUUGGCUGGUUUGGUGAGUUUUGGGGAGGGCUGCGGAAUGAAGAACCGGCCCGGAGUAUACACGUUAUUAACGACCUACAACGACUGGAUCAAGCAAAAUGCCCCAGAAACCGCUGUGAAUAUGCUGAGUGCGAAUUUCCCAACUUCGGUAAAAUCUGGUGACUGGAGGCUGUCAUUCUUCUCAAGAACAGGCCCUGCCCCCACCAUUUUCCUCAUAACGUGGAUUACAUUAUUAUUAUUCAACCAUUUUAGAACUAUUCAGUCAUAUUUAACACUUACACUCCUGAGAAUCUUCAAGACCAGUGCAAUGUGCACAACCAUUUUAUACAGCUCACUAAUGAAGCCUUCAUGCCUUCUUCUUGCAAUCCCUUCCCUCCUAAUCGGUUUUGUGGCACUGGCAACAGCUUCAGGAUGUGGGCAGUCAGUGUUCAAUAACCGGAUUGUAGGUGGAAGUAACACAUUGCCAGGUGUGUGGCCAUGGCAAGUCAGCAUUGUCUAUGAAAGCUCACACGUAUGCGGAGGGUCCCUCGUCUCACCAAACUCGAUUGUGUCUGCCGCACAUUGCUUUCCCAGUUACCACUCAGUGGAUAAAUUCAAGAUACUCCUUGGUUACUACAAUCUGACACAGCCAACCUCAAACAGUGUCGUUGCACUAGUGAAAUCUUAUACCAUUCACCCUUCAUACUCUUCAAAUACCAACUUUGGGGACAUAGCGGUGGUGGAACUGAAGCAUUCAGUGAACUUCACAAACUACAUCCAGCCAAUAUGUGUUCCUUCUUCCAAUGAAACGUUCCCUGGGGGGAAAAUGUGCUGGGCCACUGGCUGGGGUGAUAUUCAAUCUGGUGUGAACCUCCCCUCUCCAUUGACCCUCCAAGAAGUGCAGCUUCCUCUUAUAAACUCAUCCGCCUGUGAUGACAUCUAUCACAAAACCUAUUCACUUCACCCAUCAAUGAUUGUGGUUUAUGAAGAAAUGAUCUGUGCUGGAUACCCGGAGGGGAAGAAGGAUGCUUGCCAGGGUGAUUCUGGAGGCCCAUUAGCAUGCAAACUAGGAAACUCUUGGUUUUUAACUGGCGUUGUGAGCUGGGGACAAGGCUGUGCUGAGCCAGGCCGCCCAGGUGUCUACACCAAAGUGUCCAGCUUCUCUUCUUGGCUGCAUGAGAAGAUCUUGGAUCUACCCAACAACAGUACUAAUUCUAGUACCAGUACUACUGCCACCAUUAAUAUCACCAGUACCCGUACUACCACUGCUGUCACCACCAAAACUACAUUAAGAAAAUCUAUGUUCAACUCCACGGUGUCUAAAAACAGUAAUUACAUGGUUGCACAAGCACAUGGUCACAAUGUCCAUUUAUCGUACUUAGAAUAA